CCCCUCCUCUUGACAGUCCGCUUCUCCACCUCCCUCCCAGACCUCCUCCUCGACAUCCCCCACCCGCGGCGCACAACGGUCGUCGCACUCAAGCACCUCAUCCGCUCGCGCCUCGACCAGCCCGACUCCCAGCGCCGCCUGCGCUUCAUCCACGGCGGCAAGAUCCUCCCCGACGCUGCUGUUGUCGCGUCUGUCCUGAAACCCCUCCCGCCUCCGCCAUUAGCUGCGGCGCAGCAACAACAACACCAUGGCUCCUCCUCACCAUCUGCCGAGAAGAGCGCCGCUGAUCCCAAGGGCAAGGGCAAGGCCGUCGAGGGCUCCGACCCCAGCCGGUCCGCACAGCUUCAGCAGCGCGUCUACGUCAACUGCAGCAUUGGCGAUCUCCUGACCGAUGCGGAGCUGGAAGACGAGGCACGCAGGGCGGAGGAGCCUGUGCCGGAGCACGUCGGCAGCGGCGGCAGCACUGCACUGCACCCUGGCGCCGGCACAUCUGGCGCGGCGUCCAUGGCGACCCCGAGGGGCUUCGACAGGCUGCUCGCGGCAGGCUUCACCGCCGCCGAGGUGAACCAGCUCCGGCUGCAGUACCGGAGCAUCACCGAGGCGAGACAUACGGCUGAUACUAUGCCGAGCCCAGACACCCUGCGUGGCAUGGAGGACGCGUGGAUGGACAAUAACAACGACGCAGGCCUUGCGACGGCAGACGGGGCGGGUGGAGGCGGCGAUGCUGCUGCUGCUGCUGCUGCGGCAGACGACUUUGGCAUGGCGGGCAUGCUGGAUUUGCUGCUCCGAGGCAUGUUUGUUGGGUUCGUCUGGCCGCUGGGGGCGGUUGGUUGGCUGGUUCGUGACGAGGAGAAGAUCCCUAAGCGGAUGCGGGUGUUUGUGUAUUUUGGAUUUGCGCUCAGUCUGAUUAUUGGGACGAUU